AUGUCUUCUUUAAGGCCGCCACAGCCGCAUAGGACCGCCGAGUCGUCCAGAAUAAGGAGCGCAGGCAUGGGGUUGGACACAGCAGCGGAAGACCGACCGCCAACUGUUGGCCGCAAACCACGACAGCAGACCGAAGAAUCACGGCUUCCCGGUCAGGCAUCCGCCCCCUCUUACACACCCUCAAGCCGCGCUGCAUCAAACCCGGUAGCUAGGAGACCCUCCAUACCGACAGCAGCUGGACGUCCGUCCCUGCCCCAGAAAUUACCAUCAUGGGGCUCCAACACAGUCACAUCCCCAAAGCGCCCGGCUCAUGCCACCACACCUUCCACUUCUUCCUCCGGCAGAUCGCACGAUGGUCCGACGAAAUCCCCUCGCAACGUUCUGCGAAGGAAACAAUCAUCAGUCACCCAAGCCACCGUAAGCUCCGGAAGUCACUCACGGACCGAAUCUAGCAGGACCGGCUCAUCAUCGUCAAUUCCCCGUUCCACCUCCUCGAUGGAACCCUCGUCUGGACAGUCUCUAGAUCACGACUUUACUGAGAGCCCGAUGGAGGUCCGGGUAGCCCAGUCGAUCGAGUUGCCAAAGACCCAAGCUCACGCCGUUACGAUCUACCCAGAGCUCGACAGAUACAGAGGUAUCGCCCUCCGGCCCCCGGUUCUUUCGGACUGCUCCGGCCUCGAGGUCCCCUUCAAACUGUCCACACAGGAUCUGCCCCCCCCUACUCCUGCGUUUUCUGGCACUAGCAGCCAACUUAGUGCGUUCAGUGGCAGCCCUUGCACACGAUUUUCAGAGUCGCCGGGCCCCGGCCCCUACAGCCGCGACACGACGCCAACCUCCAUGUCGUCGCAGUCUCCGAGCCUGAUGUCUCCUGCCCGUUUCCCUCUACAAAAGCCGAGGCAACUGAGCCCUGUCUGGACGAGACCGCCUGUCACUCGGAGGCGUGGAAGCACGACAAACGAAGUAGACGUCAUCAGUGCGGACCCUCAAGGGCUGGCUGCCGUCCGAGAGUCCUUGACGUCUUCGUCAUCCAACUCCACGGUACGCGAAGUCGAGAAGAAAGAGAAGGAGAAGAUCAAGAAGAAGCGCCUUUCGCCCAUGCCGCCAAGUCCACCUCCCCGUAAGUCAUCUCAGAAGCAUCAGGAAGAGAGGGUAGCCAUCGAAGCAUCACCGCGACGCCAGCGACAGCUGGUACGACCAGACGGCGCAUCUCGUUCUCCCUCCAAAUCUCCAGCCCUCGCUUCCAGGUCUACGCCCACUGCACGUGAAACACCGCCUCUGCGACCCAGCAGAGAUGGCACCCCGGAUCUUCAGUCUCAGCUUUUUGGACCUCUGCCUAUCAUUCACAGCAACCUGUCAUCGGCUUCACUCGUGGCCGAGAGACUUGGGUACGAGGAUAGAGCUGGCCCAUCGGCCACUCGUAAAACUGCUGUAUCCCCCCUUCCUGGCAGUUCCGAAGCCCCAACCCGUCUGGUGGGUAGAGAGGCUACCCCCGCGCCUCGGCCGGCCACAGCGAGCCCUGUCAAGUCGGAGCGCAACACGCAAGCCCGCACUCCGAGUCCGAACACGAACACCUUCAAUGGCAGAUUUGCCUUUUUUGGCAGACGGGCCAAAACAACACCGGACAUCGCUCAGACGGAUACGAAAGACAAGCCAACACGCAAGGGCCCCGCUGCUGGCACCGGCCAUGAAGGCUACGGGCGUCUCGGCGCUCCUCGGAGGCGGAGUGGCGGCGCACUUUACAUGAAUCGCGCCAUAGCCGGCUCUGGGACGUCCCAGGAAAGCCUCAACAGUACGACGCACGUUGACCCCUUUUUGCGGGAACGCAUGAACCCCGUGGUGAUUUCUGGCGGCGAGAUUAAGGACAACAGGAACACUAGCUCCGAUCUCAGCCGGACUGAAAGCAACCAAAGCCUGACAAUGAGCCGCCCCAGUAUUGAAUCACGGGGUGGUUCUGAAGUCUCUACGACUUCAACUGCGGGUCGAACUGCCAUGUGGGCCUCUGGUUUGCCCAGCAAUCCAAAAGCCGGCUUCAGUCAUCGCCGUCCCUCGGAUAGCAGCGACUCAGAAGCUCUCGCCAUGACCCGCUCACACAAGACCUCGGAGAAGAAGGAGCCCGAACCUGUCGCGGCCACAGUCAAGGUCGUCCAACAGAAGCCAGAGGCCUUCUACUUUAUGAUGGACGGAUCUGAGCAAGAGGAAGGUGUUCCCACAGUGGAGGACGUUCUCCGCGAUGCGCAUGUGUUUGAUGAUCUUACCAAUGUCCCCACCCCCCCAAUGGUGGCAACUAGGAAACGAUAUCCAACAGACCCCUUGCCGCCGCAAGCGUCAGCACUACAGAUCCGGCGCGUCGAUAAAAAGUUCACCGACAAACCUCAAGAUGUGACAUUCUCUCAACAAGACGUCCUGGCUGCGAGGUUCACGCCAGCACGCCCUAGUCGUCUACCACAAGUGGGUAGAAUACCAAGGGUGAUCAACACCAGGCCCGAGCCUCCCUCGCCACGAAGUUUUUCUCGACCCUUCAAGCGUGUCAGCUACCAGGAGCAACCUCAUGCUACCUUUGUCGACCUCAGCUCGAUUGCCAAAGGCCCAAGCCCCCCCAACACCUCGACACCAGAGCUGUCUCAUGAGGUAUCCACGACUACCAGCACCGACUCCGCACCUGGCCAUACGAGCCGAGACUCGCCACCAGAGAUGAUUCAGAUCGGUCACGAGUUCCUUAAGUUUUCGCCCAACAAGAAGUAUCAACAACGUGAUAGCACAGGUUCUAGCUGUUCCGGCACGUAUGUCAUGGCCGCCACGGCAAUUGCUGUGCCCGACACAACCGGCCUCGGCGAAGAUGACAUCUGGGACGAGUACAACGACCUUCUUGGAGACGUCCCCCCCUCUGCAACUUCAUCCAAGGGUGUCCCCUUUCACCUCGAAAACUACGCUCCCAGGGAAAUCAAGCUUCUGAAGAAGAACAGCCAGAUUCUCGAAUCUCCUACUCUUGCACUGCCUUCUGCCAAAAGCAUUCGGUCUGUAACGGAGGAGGCCGACAGGUUCGCCGUUGAGUCGAGUGUUUACAGUGCCGACAUGACAGAACGAAUCAAGGCUGCCUUCGCCCCCAAGCCCGAGGAGACACCACCCCAGCCUCUCGCAGCCUCGGAUACUGCUCUCCGUCGCAGUGGUGAAGGAAGUCGCAGGCCCUCCCUGACCUCACAACAGAGGAAUAGCGACCUGUCUCGUAAAUCAACCGGCAGUAGUUGCAAGUCCUCCGAGGAUGAAUCCCCCCUGUCGCAGGUCAAUCUUCGUGUUGGGUCCAUGACGGUGAGCAAGUGGUUGUCUUUUGGACAUGUUCUUUUCAGUCCUGUCAGGGAUGAACUUGUGCCGGAAGUUGGAUCACUCAAGCGACCAUCGAUCCUUGUGAUUGAUGGCCUGGGCAACGACGACUGGUCGUUCUACGCUGCCGAGACAUACCCUGCCGCUACCUUCUUCAACAUGUCUCCACGAGCACCGUUGCCCACCGAGCACAAGGCCGCAUCGACAUUUCCACUCAGUCCCCCCAAUCAUCACCAGAUUCAGUACACCUCACAUGCUGACAAGUUUCCCUUUGGCGCUGAAAGCUUCACUUCUGUGGUCUACCGAUUCCCGGCCGCAGGGCCCGAAUCCCAUUAUCGCAACAUCAUGUCUGAGGCGCGCCGCGUCCUGAAACCCGGCGGCUACAUUGAGCUUUCGGUGCUGGACUUCGAUCUCAACAACAUGGGGAACCGGGCGCGCCGAACUGUUAGAAACCUCAAGGAGCGCAUCCACGAGAAGACCCCGGAGACAAGCUUAGGCUCGUCCUCGGAUCUUAUGCUCCGUCUUCUCGGCCAGCAGGGCUUUACUGACGUUAAGACGUGCCACGUUGGCGUGCCUGUCGCGAGCGUCGUGGCUCGGGCGCAUGAUGGCAAGAAGUCUCCUGCCAGUGGGCCGAAGAAGCCCAAAGAUCAACGCAGCCUGGCUGAGAUGAUGAACGACAAGAGCGAUGCUGCCGAUGAGAACAUCACCAAAAUGGUGGCCAAGGUUGGCAGAUGGUGGUAUACUCGCUGCUACGAAAGCGCAGUCGGCAGUACAACCGCUCGCAAAACCAUCUGGGCCGACCGCGCCCUCCUUUCGGAAUGUGAAGAGUGGCGCACAAGCCUCAAGCUCCUAGUAUGCUAUGCCAGCGUGCCCGGCAAGGGUCGCGUUGCUAGCAUCUAG